CUCUCUCUCUCUCUCUCUCUCUCUCUCUGGCGAGGCUCUCCCUCCCUCCCUCUGGCUUCUGCUCUUUCUUUACUCCUUCUCUCAGCUGCUUAACUACAGCUCCCACUGGAAUUCACACAAUCAAAAACAGCUCUCCUCGCGAGCAGCCUCCAGAAGGCAUCACCUGGGGCUGAGCGACUUGCUCCCCCACGGGCCGGAACCGCGAGGUGGCUGGGGGGCGGGGAGGUCCCCUUCUCCCGCCCCGGGGGUCGGGGGGCAGCCAGAGCAUCUGUCUCCCUGGAGAUUGGCCGUAUCCCCACCGUCCGGUCCCCUGGGGUCCUGUUGCGGCGAUGCUUACGUUUCAGAGCAAUGAUGGAAAGAGAGAAGCCACUGCUGGUGGCCACUGAAAGCCGGGCGAGGUUGCCGCAGUAGCCGGUGCUGCAGAAGGUGCGAGUGAAGACCUGCGCCCCGCCAGAUUCUCCAUCCAUCCUGCUCCGAAUUCAUUCACUGUCUUCAGGAGGGAAACCGAGAACCAGAUGCACUAACCAGACGGGUGCCACCCUGGAUCUAUAACUGUCAAGUCCCCACUGUGGAAAAUGGUAAACAAAGACAUGAAUGGAUUCCCAGUCAAGAAAUGCUCAGCUUUCCAAUUUUUUAAGAAGCGGGUCCGAAGAUGGAUCAAGAGCCCAAUGGUGAGUGCGGACAAGCAUCAGAGUCCCAGCCUGCAGUACCCCGGGCCCUCAGGGGUGCUCCUCCCUCCUGGGGAGCCAGACUUUGAGCCUGCCUUGUGCCAGUCCUGCCUGGGGGCCCAUGCUUUCCAAAGCCGAAUGCUGCCUCCUGAAGAGUCCUGCUCAUGGGAGCUCCGGUCUGGGUGUGAAGUGAAAGAGCCAUGUAAUCACACCAACCAUCUGACCAAGCCUGAUUCAAGAACCUUCUGGACUAAUGAUGAUUCAGCAUUUAUGAAACAGAGAAGGAUGGGCUUGAACGACUUUAUUCAGAAGAUUGCCAAUAACUCCUAUGCUUGCAAACACCCUGAAGUUCAGUCCAUUUUGAAAAUCUCCCAACCUCAGGAGCCUGAGCUUAUGAAUGCCAACCCUUCUCCUCCACCAAGUCCUUCUCAGCAGAUCAACCUUGGUCCGUCAUCCAAUCCUCAUGCUAAGCCAUCUGACUUUCACUUCCUGAAAGUAAUCGGGAAGGGAAGCUUUGGAAAGGUUCUUCUAGCAAGACACAAGGCAGAAGAAGCCUUCUAUGCAGUCAAGGUUUUACAGAAGAAAGCGAUCCUGAAAAAGAAGGAGGAGAAGCAUAUUAUGUCAGAGCGGAAUGUUCUGUUGAAAAAUGUGAAACACCCUUUCCUGGUGGGCCUCCACUUCUCUUUCCAGACUGCUGACAAACUGUACUUUGUCCUGGACUACAUUAAUGGUGGAGAGCUCUUCUAUCACCUCCAGAGGGAGCGCUGCUUCCUGGAACCACGGGCUCGAUUCUAUGCUGCUGAAAUAGCCAGUGCCUUGGGUUAUCUGCACUCUCUGAACAUCGUUUAUAGAGACUUAAAACCAGAGAAUAUUUUGCUAGAUUCACAGGGACACAUUGUCCUUACUGACUUUGGCCUCUGCAAGGAGAACAUUGAACACAAUGGCACGACAUCCACCUUCUGUGGCACACCUGAGUAUCUUGCACCGGAAGUGCUUCAUAAGCAGCCUUACGACAGGACGGUGGACUGGUGGUGCCUGGGGGCUGUCUUGUAUGAGAUGCUCUAUGGCCUGCCUCCUUUCUACAGCAGGAACACAGCAGAGAUGUAUGACAACAUUCUGAACAAGCCCCUCCAGUUGAAACCAAAUAUUACCAACUCUGCGAGGCACCUCCUGGAGGGCCUUCUGCAGAAGGACAGGACAAAGAGGCUGGGGGCCAAGGAUGACUUUAUGGAGAUUAAGAAUCACGUCUUCUUCUCCCUAAUUAACUGGGAUGAUCUCAUUAAUAAGAAGAUUACCCCACCUUUUAACCCAAAUGUGAGUGGACCCAGCGACCUGCGGCACUUCGACCCUGAGUUUACCGAAGAGCCUGUCCCCAACUCCAUUGGCAGGUCCCCUGACAGCAUCCUCAUCACCGCCAGUGUCAAGGAAGCUGCAGAGGCAUUCCUGGGCUUUUCCUAUGCGCCUCCAAUGGACUCCUUUCUCUGAACAGGCUUAGGUGGUCUUGAAGGAUUUUAUGUGUGUUUUUAAAUGUUUUUGUUAGCCUUUUGAUGGAGCUGCCAGCUGACAGGACAUCUUAAAAGAGAAUUUGCACAUCUCUGGAAGCUUGGCAAUCCUAUUGCACACUGUUUGCUGGAAGCUUUUCAAAGAGCACAUUCUCCUCCCAGUGAGCUCGUGAGGUUUUCAUUUUUAUUCUUCCUUCCAAUGUGGUGCUAUCUCUGAAAUGAGCAUCAGAGUGCCGCCCUGCACAGAUGCAAUAGUCUGGUUAGAAGGAAGAUGCUGGUCUAAGAGGGUUCUCCAGGUCUGUCUGGGCAGAGGUAACGACUAUUCUGACAUGUGCCUUUCCUGAUGAGAUCGUGUUAGCUCCAAAGCUUUUGCUGUCACCAAGUGUUCACUUCUUUUUUUUUCCCCUCGUGGGUUUACUGUGUGGACAGUGGUAUGAGUGUGGGAUGCCUGAUCACAGAUGGGUUUUGUUAUAAGCAUCAAUGUGACACUUGCAGGACACUACAAUGUGGGACAUUGUUUGUUUCUUCCAUAUUUGGAAGAUAAAUUUAUGUGUAGACUGUUUUUUUGUAAGAUAUAGUUAAUACUAAAAUUUAUUGAAAUGGUCUUGCGAUGACUUGCUUCCAGAUGCUUAAAGAAAGCAUUGCUGCUACAAUAUUUCUAUUUUUAGAAAGGUUUUUAUGGACCAAUGCCCCAGUUGUCGGUCAAAGCCGUUGGUGUUUUCAUUGUUUAAAACGUCACCUGUAAAAUGGGCAUUAUUUAUGGUUUUUUUUUUCUUUUUGCAUUCCUGAUAAUUGUAUGUAUUGUGUAAAGAAAGUCUGUACAUUGGGUUAGAACACUAGUGUAUUUAAACUUGCAGGCUUAUUUGUAAUAUAAACCACCAUUUUAAUGUACUGUAAUUAACAUGGUUAUAAUAUGUACAAUUCCUCUUCCCCACCACACAACUUUUUUUGUGUGUGAUAAACCAAUUUGGGUUUGCAAUAAAACCUUGAAAAAUAUUUACAUAAA